AUGUUCAUAGUUAGUUUUCCCUACGCUGUUCUUCAGGGAGGCUACUGGGCAAUAAUCGCAAUGGUCUUGGUGGCUUACAUAUGCUGUUAUACGGGCAAAAUUCUCGUACAAUGUCUUUAUGAAGAAGACGAGACAGGAAAACGAGUGCGAGUGAGAAAUAGCUACGUAGAGGUGGCUGAAGAGGUCCUCGGUAAAACGAUUGGUGGAAAAAUUGUGAACUGCGCGCAGAUAAUUGAGUUACUGAUGACCUGCAUCUUGUAUGUGCUUCUGUGUGGGGAUCUUCUCGAUGGAAGCUUUCCGGGAUUGAUAGAUUUAUCAUCUUGGAUUGUACUUAGUACGUUUUUCCUGCUCCCUUGUGCAUUUUUGCAGACAUUACAAAGCGUAUCUUGGUUGAGUUUCUGGUGCACCGUAGCUCACAUGGCUAUAAAUGCUAUUAUUAUUAUAUUCUGUUUGACGAGGGCAUCGGUAUGGAAAUGGUCGGAGGUGCAACUGAAGAUUGACAUUUGGACAUUCCCAAUAUCUUUAGGGAUUAUUGUAUUCAGUUAUACGUCACAGAUAUUCUUACCAACUCUGGAAGGAAAUCUCGUCAAUCGUAAGAAAUUCAGUUGCAUGAUGCAUGCCACACACGCUUCCGCUGCUGGUUUUAAAGCUAUCUUCUCGUACAUCGGUUUCCUUACAUGGGGCGUCGCUACGCAGGAGGUCAUUACGAAUAAUUUACCAACCCAGACGUUCAAAAUAAUUGUAAAUGUAAUUUUAGUAGCCAAGGCUUUGCUGUCGUAUCCCUUGCCAUAUUUUGCGGCGGUGGAAUUGAUUGAAACAGCCUUGUUCCAGGGACGGGGCAUAUCCGUCUUCCCAUCAUGCUUGAAUGAUAAAAAGGAACUGAAAAUAUGGGCAAUAGCAUUGAGGUUCGGAUUAGUUUUGUUCACAAUGCUUCUCGCAAUUGGAAUACCAUACUUUGCCAUUUUGAUGUCGCUUAUCGGAAGUUUCACCGGAACAAUGCUAUCGUUUGUGUGGCCAUGCCAUUUUCAUCUACGUUUGAGAUGGUAUCGGAUGAAAUGGUACGAAAAAGCAACAGACAUUAUAAUCAUUUUGCUUGGUUUGGUGUUUGGGAGUAUCGGGAUAUACUACUCAGCGCAUGCGCUUGCGCAGGCGGUUCAUGGGUUACCAACAGACCCUUACAAAACUCAUAUGCCCGUUGCACCGAAACUAGUGAAGAUCAGUGAACCAAAGAGCGAUAAUAACUGACAUUAAAGUUCCACUUAAGCUGAUGCUGGGGGUGUAAGGGAAGUUGCACUCUUUCAAUUACCCCUCGGGAACAGACUCUGAUAAAUAGAGUCCGCUAUUGUUUUGCUUGGUUAUUCUCUAUGAUUUCAAAGGGUAUUGUUUUAGAUUUGAUAAUAAGCAUGUGUUAUAUCCAUGUGGUACUGGGCCGUAGAUGGUCAUAUUUUGAAUGUAUGACAAUGUACUGUGUUAUUAUAACG